ACUCCAGUAGGUCUGACUCAGGUACAACAUAGUGUUUGUGAAAUACAUAAAGGGUACUGUGCUCCUGGUCUCGUAUGCGUUGGCUCCAGCGCAGACAGAUCCGGGUUCAAGCCCCAGCUCGCCGCCUUCAGACAUCCCCCCAGCCAAUCCACCCAGCCCUUGUCUCAAGAACCAGAGUCCCACGAAGGCACCAUCUGCAGUGCCAACUUCUGCCACCAGGUGGCGCCCUCCCCCUCGGCACAGAUUCCACCCCAGUUCACUUUCUCCCCCAAAAAGUUUCCUUUCACUUUCGAUCUCUGGCUGUCACCCGGCCUGGACCCUUCCACACCCAGCUGGGGAAGCCUGGUGCGUGGGGAGAACUGGGCUCUGAGUCCCCGAGGGGCGGGACUGGGCUCCUCCUCUAGCUGAAGCACGAGGUGGGGGGUCGGGUUCCUGGGUCCCUGGGCCCCUGACCCGAAGGGGGGUUCCGGGGGCCGGACGUCAGGGUUCUUGGAAGGGGAGAUGAGGAGUUUUCAUCGUAACUGGGGCUCACGCAGGAAGCCAGCGGGAGCAGGAGGCGGAAACUUAGCCACAUCAAGGGGGCAGGGAGGUGGAGGGGCGGGUGAGGCAGGGGAUGCAGGGUGCGGGUCCGCCACUGGCUCUUCUGUCCCUUUCAAGAGCUGGCCACAGGCAUGAGGGGCCCCGGGCCGAGAUGACAGUGCUGGCGCCAGCCUGGAGCCCCACGACCUCCCUGCUGCUGCUGCUACUGCUGAGCCCCGGCCUCGGCGGGACCCCCGACUGCACCUUCCCCCAAAGCCCCAUCUCUUCCAACUUCGCUGCCGCCUUCGGCAAGCUGUCUGACUACCUGCUUCAAGACUAUCCAGUCACUGUUGCCUCCAACCUGCAGGACGACGAGCUCUGCGGAGCACUCUGGCGGCUGGUCCUGGCCCAGCGCUGGAUGAUACGCCUCAAGACAGUGGCCGGGUCCCAGAUGCAAGAGUUGCUGGAGGCUGUGGACACUGAAAUACACUUUGUGACCUCAUGUGCCUUCCAGCCCCUCCCCAGCUGUCUUCGCUUCGUCCAGACCAACAUCUCCCACCUCCUGCAGGACACCUCCGCGCAGCUGGCCACUCUGAAGCCCCAGAUCAAGACCCGAAAUUUCUCCCAGUGCCUGGAGCUGCAAUGUCAGCCGGAGCCCUCCACACUGCUGCCCCCACAGAGUCCUGGGGCUCUGGGAGCCACAGCCUUGGGAGCCACAGCCCUGCCAGCCGGUCAGCACCCUUUGCUGUUCCUCUUGCUACUGCUGCCCCUUGUCCUGCUCCUGCUGCUGGCUCCUGCCUGGCACCUACACUGGCGAAGAAGAUGGCAGAGAGCGCCCUGCCCCAGGGAGCAGAGCAGGACAGUGAGGCCCAGAGAGGGGAGUCGUCUGCCAGAGGACACACAGCCAGGACAUGGCGAAAGUCAGCGAGAAGUUGGUCCCUUCCUCAGCGCCCCGCCCCUCUCGAUUUCUCCCCAGGAUGGAGGCAACACCAGAAUCCAGUCUCAGCCCCAAGCCCACCAGGAAGCCCUCUGUACAAAGCCCUCAUCGUUAUGAAAUUGUAUAUAAAUCAUCCUUUUCUACCAGCUUUGGCGAGGCCUGUCAGUGGAUGGGACAGGGUGGGGAUGGGGUUAGUUUGGGCUUCAGAGCCUUAGUUUUACAGUCAAUGCCAUGCUUCAUUCAACACAUGUCUUCUGAGGCCUCUGGGGGCCUAAGGCCAGUGCUGGGUCCCAGACAAGAGUCAAAACCAGCUUUGCCCAUGGAGAAGACACAGAUCCGGAGAGCUACAGCGCAACACGACAUAUGCUUUAAUGGAGGUAGCACAGGCAUUGUGAGAGCCCCAAGGAGACACCCGAACCGGUCUAGGAGAGGCAGGGGGACUUUCUGGAGGAGAGGACUCUUGACCUGGAGGAGUGGGAGUUUUUGAGGGAAGGGGUUGCCGGCAAAGAGAACAGCACGUACAAAGCCUGGAGGAAAAAAGGAGGGCAUAGGACAAUGUGGCUGGAACGGAGUGACCAGGGGGUGGUGAAGGGGGGAGGAGUGGACAGUGGCAGAAGAGGCAGGUCAGCAGGGGCCAAAUAACAAGCGCUGCAGACUUGGAAUUUGUCCGGGGGUACUAGGGAAGCUGGGAGAGCUGACUGCAGAACCAGGACCCUGGGGGGCACCGCCAGGAGGGGGAGCAAUACUUAGGUACUGGGGCAGCCAAAGGGAGCUGGGAUUAUGGCAAGUCAGAUUUUGGAAGGUGGGGUGGAGGCGAGGCCAUCUCAGGAAACAGACUCAGCCCAAGUCCAGUCCAGAAAGUGAGAAGCUCUUCAGAGAACACUCAGACGCUUGCUGCACUGCAGCCCAGGCACCUGAAAUUCAUUGCGUCCUACACUCUAGGAAUUCAAAGGGGAGAUCACCUCCACCUGUCCUACAGAUGGAAACACUAAGGGGCAAGACGGGUUUGUCCAGGUCUCAAUGAGGCCGAUCAGGCACCGGAAUCCUGACCUGGAAACUAGACUGAGCGAAGAAGGGCGAUCCUGAUCGCCACCUGCAGGCCACCAUGUACCCCGCAGCCCUCAGUCGCCAGAAUGGGUAAUGGUGCUUCCCCUCCCAAACAAGGCAAGCAGCUCAUGUGGAGGGGUGGGGAGGUUAGCAGCCCCUCGAGAACAUGGCCGCCCCAGCAGAGCUGCCUCCACACCCCACGUAACCUCUCGCCCCGCACGCCCAUGGCCGCUGAGGUCCGAUCGGAACACUAACCGGAUCGGACAAGCAGGAGACUU